AUGCGCCGUUGUACUUGGGCUGACAGUCGAAGGUGUAGAUUUCACGACGAGUUUCCGACUACCGUGAUGGAGCUUAAUUCAGAACUGCUGUUAAGUCUUGCGUCGAAAGUUACCCGGCUAAAGAUGUAUCCGUAUUUCGAUGUGGCCCAUUACAUCCUAAUGGUACUAGCUGUCAGAGAAGAUCUUGCGAAUGGAGCCGUCUUAUUCUCAAGGAAGCAUCCAUUGUCUUGCUGGAUGUCAAGCAUGAUGAUGUAUCUAGUGUUCUAUUCUCCAUUCGACGUUGUCUACCGUCUGUUGAAAUUCUUGCCUUUCAAAAUCGUCAUUUCGGUUGCGAAAGAAAUACAACGUACGGACAAGGUGUACGCUGGAGUGAUCCAUACGAUGAAAGUUUAUCCGAGUGCCUAUUUGCUUAUGGUCAUCAUUGGCGCAGUGAAGGGGGCUGGUAGCGGAAUCAUUAGGACAUUCGAACAGCUCGUCAGGGGUGUUUGGGCACCGACUACCAACGAGCUUCUGCGGCCAACCUUCACGACCAAGGCUUGCCUGGCAGCUAGUCUCAUCUUCGUGGUCGAGAAGAAAACGAACCUCUUUGCGGCACCGCACGAAUUCGUCUACUUCGCCGUCGUCGUCUUUCUGAUUUACUUCAAGCUAAGUUCUCUGCUUCUUGGCAUUCACGAUCCGUUUUUGCCGUUUGAAAAUCUUUUCUGCGCCAUAUUUAUGGGCGGAAUCUGGGAUGCGCUUAGGUAAGU